GUUUUGUGCAACCUCAGAAACGCCAUUACGAACACCAACCAUGAGAUGAAAUCAUGAAGACACGAGAGAGAGAGAGUACACUAGGCGCACAUGUUCUCUCCUCGGAAUACCGAAUCCCCUAAUCCUUUCCGCCCUGCUCUGCAAUAUCUCGUUUCUACUGGCAGACCCCGGUCAAACCACCGUCAGAGUAGAUCCUCUGGCAGCCUCGACUCUGACGGCGAGGGGGAGCGCUCGAGAAUGCCUCCCUCCGGUUACAAUGAACUCCACCCAGCUUCAAUUCCUUUGAUCAACAUCUCCGGAUCCGCCUCUCCUGCCCGCAGACAAUCAGACUCGACUUUGAAUCCAGACACAGACGAUGACGAUUGGGGGGACAAUCCGAGCUCAGCACAGCAGCCAUUCUUCAUGCAAGAUGGAGCCAAGUACACAGGCUGGAGACUGUUCGUAUACGGUGGAGGAGCCGGACAAUUCUUCUUCAAUACACCACUGGGCUGGCAGCUAUACAUCGGGAUACUUGUUCUCUGGCUAGGGGGCUGUCAGAUUAGUUUGGCGAUUAUGAAUCGUAUUAUUCUGUGGAGUGGGUAUUUGCAAGAAAACUACACCUCACACACCAACCUGAUCCCCUUGAUAGCCGGAGUAUACAAGUUCCCCUAUCCCUUGACGACAACGCUAAUCGAGAUGCUAAUCGCACAUGGAUGUCUGCUGCUUUCAGCAUACAUUACGCGUUGGGUUAGUCCCUGUUUGAAUAGUUCUGGGUUCUCUGGGGGAGUUGCGCCUUCGAGGCCGUUGCAAUCGCCCUCUGCAGCGGGGUUUCAUGAAGGGAAGGAUGCGGGGUUCUGGGACCAUGUUUCGAGGUGGACCGCAUAUAAAACGGGAGGAAUCGCAGGAGGUGGUCUCUUCGAAUUCGAUUUGCAGAUUGCAAAGCUGGUCCUACCUUGUGCGGUCAUAUUCGUUGCGAAAGUGGUACUCUCCAACCUUUCGUUUGCAUAUGCCCAGCUCCAGAUAUACAUCCUAGCACGGAUUGCCAUUGUACCUUUGGCGUUAUUCUUCACUUACUUCCUGGGAGGAACACAACACAGCGUCUCCACGAUCGCUUCCGCCCUCACUGCAACCCUUACUCUAGCCAUUGCCACAGUCCCGCAAACCAGCAUCCAAGUCACAUGGGAGAGCGUCGCAUCAGGAGUAUUCUCUUCCAUCUUCGUAGCCCUUUAUCCAGUCCAACUCCAACGAACCUACAAAUCCCUCGUCGCGUCUCUGGUCCCGCAAGGCGAUCUUCUCGGGAGCUUCCCAUCAUCCAAUACUUCCCCCGAUUUCUCCGGUUCUAGAGAAGAAGCUCGCGCUUACUGGCGUCUCCUCCACUACACCUCCCUCCUCAGCAUCCUGAUCUUCACACCCAUCGUCAUCCUAUCCGGUGAACUCGCAAUCAUCUGGCGCAACCGCUACAUCCUAGACGUCUUCUUCCACUGGCUGAUGGUGCUGUGUAGCGGUACAGGAAGCUGGGCCGUGUUCUGGGCAACGAUGGCAUUGACGAGAGCUACGAGUCCGUUGACGACGGCUUUCUUGUUUGUGCCGAGAGCAGCGUUCUUGUUGCCUGUUAUGGCGAGGUUCAGGAUGCCGGCUUAUGCGUGGGUUGGGAUUUUGAUGAGUUGGAUGUCUUGUGCAUGGUUCCUAAUAGCCCGAAGGAGAGAUGGGAGGGAGCUUGGGCGGUUAAGGUGAUAUAUUUGUGGGUAAGAUUGGGUGUACGAUACGUGUGUUGUAUACUGGGCAUUAAGCGGAAGAUUUAUAUAUGGGUGCUGAUCUACAAAGAUGAUGAAGGAUUACGAGGCCUGGCCAGUGGCCAGCUGCCAUAUACCAAAAAUGCUUCUUCAG